AUGAUUUCAGUUAAGCAAAUGCGAGAAAUUCAAGCUCGCAACCCUCAGUACAUUGAUUUGUGCUUCUUGUUAGAUAUUACUAGUUCUAUGAAGACAUGGAUGGAUUCUGCCAAGUCUGUUAUUUCAAAGGUUUUAAAAGAAGUUGCUUCCAAAAAUCAAGAGGUGAAAACUAUUCGUUACGCCUUUGUAGGUUAUGCUGAUAUUGAUGAUAAGGUACCAUUUGUUAUUCAUCCAUUCACUGACCAAGUGGAAGUUAUCGAGAAAGCGAUUGCAGAUUGUCCACUUAUGUAUGGAUAUGAUAUUGCUGAAGAUGUAGCCGGAGGAUUGCAAAAAGUUGUCGAUUUAGACUGGAAUAGCUUUACCAGAGUGUUAAUCCAUAUUGCUGAUGCUCCUGGUCAUGGUUCAUUUAUGCAUUCCCUUGCUAAUUCGGAUGAUAACUUCUUAAACGCACCAGAGAAACCAGUUAUCGAUUUGAUGGAAAAACUUGUUACAAAAAAAAUUGAUUACUUUUUCAUGGAAAUCCAUAACUGUACAACCAAGAUGACAAACUAUUUCAAGACUAAAAUGGAUUCUUUCAAUGCUCCAAAUAUGGAACCAAAAGUUUCCAUUACCUUACUGAAAG